UCUACCUUCUCUACAAUAUCUCAAACUCGUUUCCUCUCUCUUUUCAUCAUUACCAAAUCAUAAGCGGCUCUCUUAAUAUUUAGGGUUUCGAGUUUUCUCAAUCACCUGAUUAAGGUUUUCGUUCGUUUCAUAUCUUGGAUCAAUAACAAGAGAAUUAUAAACUCAGGAUCGUGAUCAAUAUUCCUUUACAUAAAAAGCGUGAAUGAGAUUAUGAUGGAAUCGAAAGGUGGUAAUAAGAAGUCAAGCACAAGUUCCUUAUUUUACGAAGCACCACUUGGUUACAGCAUUGAAGACGUUCGUCCUUACGGUGGAAUCAAGAAAUUCAAAUCUUCUGUCUACUCUAACUGCGCUAAGAGGCCUUCCUGAGUACUAGCCAAUUUCCUCCAUAGCUUUUCAAUUACAACAAUCUCCUUUUCAUUUCAAAGCUCUGGUUCCCAACUCCUCUCGUUCUCUUCUUCAAAGACGUCUUUUUUACAUUAACAAAGCGUGAUGGCCAUGUCUGCUAUCGGGUUCGAAGGCUACGAGAAGCGUCUUGAAGUCACUUUCUUUGAGCCUGGUCUCUUUCUUGACACUCAAGGUAAAGGUCUACGUGCCUUGACCAAAUCUCAGAUCGAUGAGAUUCUUCAGCCAGCUGAGUGCACUAUCGUUUCAUCUCUCUCGAACGAUCAGCUUGACUCUUAUGUUCUCUCUGAGUCCAGUCUCUUUAUCUUCCCUUACAAGAUUGUCAUCAAGACUUGUGGGACUACUAAGCUCCUCCUCUCUAUUGAGCCACUCUUGAGGUUAGCUUGUGAGCUUUCUCUUGACGUCAAGGCAGUGAGGUACACUCGUGGAAGCUUCCUCUGUCCUGGAGGACAGCCAUUCCCUCACCGCAACUUCUCUGAAGAAGUCUCUGUUCUUGAUGGUCACUUUGCUAAGCUGGGUUUGAGCAGUGUUGCGUACUUGAUGGGCAAUGACGAUGAAACCAAGAAAUGGCAUGUUUACUCUGCUUCUUCUGCCAACAGCAACAACAACAACAAUGUCUACACGCUCGAGAUGUGUAUGACUGGUCUGGACAAAGACAAGGCAUCUGUUUUCUUCAAGAACGAUUCAAGCUCCGCUGGUUCUAUGACUGAUAACUCUGGCAUCAGAAAGAUACUUCCUCAAUCCCAAAUCUGUGACUUUGAGUUUGAGCCAUGUGGCUACUCAAUGAACAGCAUCGAAGGUGACGCAAUCUCCACCAUCCAUGUGACUCCAGAAGAUGGUUUCAGCUACGCUAGCUUUGAAGCAGUGGGAUACGACUUCACAACCAUGGACUUGAGCCAUCUGGUCUCAAAGGUACUAACUUGCUUCGAGCCAAAGCAAUUCUCUGUAGCUGUCCACUCUAGCGUCGCACAGAAUGGGUAUGACUCUGUUCUCUGUGUGGACCUAGACGAUUACGGAUGCAGAGAGACAACAAUGGAGUCUCUAGGAGAAGAGAGAGGAACAGUGAUGUAUCAGAGCUUUGAGAAGCUUGGAAAGUAUUGUGGUUCUCCGAGAUCUACCUUGAAAUGUGAGUGGAGCAGCAACAGUAGCUGCAACAGCGAGGACGAGAAGGAGGACUAGGGAAUCUAAAGCUCAAGUUUUUAAUUUUGUUUUCUUGAAUAAUUAAUGUGUUAUGGAUAUUUUUUCUUCUUUUUUCCCUUAAACCAGUGAUUGAUUGUCUCUGUGGUCUAUUUGAAUUCGGAUGAUCGAAAUAUUAUGAAUCAAGUAUCUAUUAUUAUGAUCAUUUUCAUGA